UUAAUACCAAACUGAAAACCCUCCGCAGCGCUUCUUCUCCCUCGUGCUGGAAACCCUAUCGGCAUCCCCGACUCUCCAACCGUGGUACGGUGCAAGUCGGCCGGCGACCUGAACGAUUCUCCCAGCGGCGAGUGCAGCGCGGCGCGUUCCCCCGGCAUUUUGAAUGAUGGGAAAAGGAACCAAGAUUUCAAGGAAAGCUGUGAGAAGCUCAGCCAAGAACCAUUCUACAAACAAUGCUUUUAGAGAGGAUGACAUCGAUGAUGAAAUUGACGCUUUUCAUAAGCAGCGGGAUGUUGUGCCUCUCGAUGUUAAUGGUGAAUCUGAGGAUGAAGAUUUGAUUGAGCCUGUUUUUGAUUUUGAGGGUAUUGAUGAGGAUGAUAGUGAUAAUUCCAGAAGUGAUGAUGAUGGUGAGGAAUCUGAUGGAAUUAAUGAUAACAUCAAAGACAAGGGCUUUGCUGCAAAAAUUGCAAGACAGGCAAAGUAUCUUCGACAGAAAUUCGGAGGAGAUGAUGAUGAGAUGGAUGAUCAUGAAGAAGAGAAAGAAGAAGAAAGAAAGGCUAUAUGGGGUAGAAGGAAGAGUUUGUAUUACAAUGCUGACAAUGUUGACUAUGAGCUCCAAUCAAGUGAUGAAGACCUUCCCAUGGAGGAGGAGGCUGAGGUACUGAAGAUCCAGAGAGAGAAGGCAAAAACCCUUUCAAUGGAAGACUUUGGCCUCGAAAAUAAUGAACAAGAUGAAAGUGAUUCUGAUAGGCAGAAUGACAUGCAUCAGCAGGAUGCUUUAGUUGGGAAGACAGCCAUGGGAAGAAGAUCUGCUGUAGAUGAUGACAAUUCGUAUCAAAAUUAUGAGGAAAUUAAGAAAGAUUUUACUGAUUUGUCAAAGGAGGAGCAGAUGGAUGUUGUAUAUAGUUCUGCUCCUGAAUUAGUCGGCUUGCUUGCAGAAUUAAAUGAUGCUCUAGACCAAGUUCGAGAAGUAAAACCAAUUGUACACAAGGUUGGAGAAACAACUGAGAGAGGUAGGGUAGGAAUGCACUUUUUGGAGGUGAAACAAGUUUUGUUGUUGACUUAUUGCCAGUCAAUAAGUUUUUAUCUUCUUCUCAAGUCGGAAGGACAUCCUGUUCGAGAUCAUCCAGUAAUAGCUCGACUAGUGGAGAUCAAGAACUUGUUGGAAAAGCAGAUGAAGCAGAUUGAUGUGAAUCUUCAUCCACAGCUUGAGGAUAUGGCAAUAAAUAGCUUGAAAAAUGUGCUGACAAGAGGAAAUGUUCCACUUGAAGUCAAACCUGUCACAACAGGCCAACAACCAAAACCUAUUAAAGACUUUGAAAAAAGCAAAUCAUCACAGGAUGUUCAUAAUGCAAGUGUCAGUCAGAAAAAAGAGGAUGUUCAAAUGGGCCUACAAAGCUUGGAAAUGCUGAAAGUGAGAGAAAACCUAGAAGCAAAGUUGAAGAAGAAAGGCAUUUACAAUUUAACAAAACCAAAGGAUGUUCGGAAGGCAGUUAAUGGACAGCUUGAGACAUUGGAUGAUUUUGAUGAUGAAAUUAAACACACAGCAGUCAAGAAUUUUGAAAGUUUGUCAGAGUCACGAAAACUGUCUCAGCUUGUUGGAACUAAAGCAAACAAGUCCAAGAUCGUAUCCGGUGACGAUGACUUGCCAAAAAGAGAUGAUAUUGGUGAAAGGCGGCGAAGACAUGAACUACGAGUUCUUGCAAGGGCAGGGGCUGUAGAUGACAGUGAUCUGAUGGAAGAUGAAGAUGGAGGUCUUGGAACCAGGUCCAUGGAUGUCAAGGAUCAAGAUAUUGAUGAAACAGGAGAAUCGGAAGAUGAAUUCUAUAAAGAGGUGAAAAGGCAAAGGGUUGAAAAGCUCAGGGCUAAAUCAGAAAAAUAUUCAGGAACCCUAGCUGUUCCAUCUUUUGUGGAAGCUGAAACUGAUGGUAAGAGGCAGAUCACAUAUCAGAUGGAAAAGAAUAGAGGACUAACUCGCCCCCGAAAGAAGCUUCUCAAAAAUCCACGAAAGAAAUACAGGCAUAAACACCAAAAGCAACUUAUACGGCGAAAAGGCCAAGUACGUGACAUCAGAAAGCCAACUGGCCCAUACGGUGGAGAAGCCACUGGAAUCAACACCAGUGUUAGCCGUAGCAUUAGGUUCAAAAGUUGAGAGCAAUGAGAUAUCGAUCUUAUUUAUUGGAUUUUGUCGGGGAAAUUUUACUGAUGAUUUUGUCUUUUUGUUGUCAUCA